UUACAACAGACAAACCCAGGUUUUUAUCUCGAGCUACAGCAGGUGGCAGCAUUACCGUUUCCAGGUUCUGGGAAGGACUUGGUGCCAUGUUGCGUUGGUCAACUGUUGCUAGGCAACCUUUCUAACGAAAUGACCGAGUUGCACCAAGCUGCAGCAGCAGGCGAUUUUGACCAAGUUGAGGAGAUUCUGAGACAAAAUAAAUGCAAUCCCAACCAGAGAGACAUCGACUGGAGCUACAAGACACCUCUUCACUGGGCAGCGGCUAAAGGACAUACAGAAACGGUCAGGAUCCUGAUUGAGCAUGGAGCUAGGCCGUGUCUGAGGACGGAGCACGGAUGGACUCCUGCCCACUUUGCUGCAGAGUCUGGUCAGCUGGCCGUGCUGCGGCUGCUCCACUCCCUCCAUGCUCCUGUAGACAAGGAGGACUGCUGUGGAGACAAACCAGCGCGGAUAGCCGAAAUAUAUGGACACCAGGACUGCGUUCAAUUCCUUAAGAAAGCAGAGAUUGAGUGCCAGUCCUUACGCAAGAUGGCAACCCAAAAAGGGAUUUUAAUGGAGGACACAGAUGAGGAGUGGGCAGAACAGGGCAAAGAAAAGGAAGAAAACAGGACCUCUCAAAGCAACAUUCAGUUGCUGACACAACAAUGCUGUUGAUCUCAGUCUUCUCAUCUUUGUGGGGCAAAUAAUUCUGCAGUUGUUGGAAUCCAGCUGUUUUUACACUGCCAUUGGCUGAACCACCAAGAUCGACUGUUACG